AUGUCAUUGUAUAGAUUCGAUUUGUUAAAAUUUAGAACCCUUUUGCCCGUUUUUUCGACCAGAGUUUAGGUAUAUUCGCUAAGAACGAAGUUAGCACAAGGAUCGAGGAUGGGUCACCGCAACAUUUGCUGCAACGGCUGUCAAAUGACGAUCUUCCAGGGUAGCCGCUUCCGGUGUUUGCGCUGCGUGAACUAUAACCUAUGUGACAUAUGCUACGAUCAUCAGAUAGAAACGGAAGAGCAUCGCGCCAAUCAUCCCAUGCAAUUGUUCCCUGACUCGGACGAUCUGGUUCCGCUGCUUUACGGCGAAAUCCCAGAGCUGGUCCACCUGUCCAAUUGCUUCACCUGUCCACAUUGCGGCCUACUUGCGCUCACAGCGAAGCGGUUCAUCGAACAUGUUUACGUUCAACAUCGGGUGUCCAAUGAAUAUGUGGUCUGCCCCAUGUGCGCCGGACUGUCGGCCGCCGAACUGGUGGCCAUACGCCACCUUUCCAAACAUCUCCUGCACAACCACAUCGAUCACGCCAAUUACCUAGAGCCCGACACACCGCCACUACGCCGAAUAUUUACCCGUAAUCACAUGCGCCACCACCGCCAAUCGCAGUUGCAAACAACUCCGAAUUCAAGGAUAUUCGAUAUAUCCGUAUGGCUGUCAACUGGACGUGUGAGCUCCGAUCCCCAGCUCCUAAGCAACAAUGAUCCUCCAGAGGAGGCAGCCAAUUCAGAGUCCCUGGCGUUAGGCUUGAGUUCCGGGGGGCCAUUCGAACACGACGACGACAGAUAUGUUCUACUUCAGUGGAUUGCACAGCAAAAAGUGCAGUGCCACGAUACGGACGAAUCUCAAAGGCUGCGGCGAACCCUCUUCGUUGAGCACUUGCUGAUUUCCAUGCUGUGCUGCGAGGAGUUGCAGUUGCCGGAUGGAGACAGACGAAUACGGGAAGGAAAUGGGGAGAGUGAUCUAGACCAGGAAAACCAUAGCAGUCUGGUCAAGGUCAUGUCAGUGAUGUCACUGCCGUGGACAGGAGUUUGGCAGACCAACCAGCUAGACGGAUCGGAGGGGGAAGGCGAGAUACGGGCAGCCAAAAAAGAUGGAGUCGAUCUGGACAAGGUGCAGAUCGAGGAGCACAAAAGGGUGGCUGCUGAGGAGGCCAUUGAUUAGGAUACUCGAAAUUGUAUCUGUUUUUUCAAUCAUGUUGAAUCCGCUUUUUAGUUGCGUUACAUAUUUC